UGAAAUAAUGAGGCUCAGUCUCAUUCGGAUUCUCCCGAAGAGCAAUUAAAAAAGGCAACAGAUCUGCGUUCUUAAGGCCUACUUUGUUGAUAUGAUGUUUUGAAGCAGUUUAAAGUCUGUGUUCAGGGUUUUUUUAUAUUAAAAGCAAGUGGUGUAACGGUCAUUCCUAGCAUCUAGUUUGUCGGCGUACAUUCAAAUCCCGUUGACUCAUGAGAUGGAGCCUUACAUGGGCGUCUUGGUGACCUUCUACGUGGUGCUGAUGGUGGUUGGAAUACCUGGUAACAUCCUCAUCGUGCUCGUGACCGCAAAUCGCACCACCAAGAAGAGCGUCCACGUCCUCAUCAUCGCUCUCGCCAUCGCCGACCUCCUCGCGUGCUGUCUCUUACCAUUCGGUAUUCACUUCUGGUUAACGUUCAACGACCAGCAGUCCCCCGUUUUGUGCAAAAUCCACAUCUUCACCAACUUCAUUAGCGUCUUUACCUCCAUGUUCAUCUCGAACGCCGUGGCCUUUGAUCGCUACUUCGCGGUGUGUUACCCUCUAAAGACUUUUAUCGAUCUUCAUCGGUCCUUUAAGAUAUGUGUAGCAUGCUUCUUUAUUGCAUUUAUCUGCAGCGUGCCUUCCGUCUUUGUGUUUGGAAUCCGUCGCCAUGGGCCAUCGGUGUCUCACUGCACGGUAACGGCUAAUCAGUGGCUUAUAGAAGGUAUCUACGGCAUCAUUGUCUUUGCCUUUCUCCUGUCCGCCGCUGUCCUGACCACCUUGUACCUGCAGAUGUGCGUUAUACUUCGGCGCCGCGUCCGUUCCCGGGCCCGUGUGGCACCAGCACCUAGAUGUAAGCCCUCUCCUGAUGUAGCGCCGCCGAAGAAUGAUCAUUGUAUCCCGACGAUAUCGCACAAAGUUUCCGCGGGAGACAGUUCAACCUACAGAUCCAGUGAGGCCGUUCUGGUUUCAGGGUCCUCUUCCGCGCGACCUCCUCGUGAUGUCAACCUUGCCGUCCCGAGAAUACACACCCCAUCCCUUCGGUCUUUCCCUGAGGAAACGGCCCGACCGGCAAACAACAAUGUCGUUGCCGUGGCGGAUGCGAUGAGGAACAAGACGACGAAAAUGCUGAUCCUGUCGACGGCUGUCUUCAUCGUGUCUUGGUUGCCGAACAUCAUCAUCAAAGCCAUCCCUUCGGCGCAAUAUCAACAACUCUCGCAGGUCCAUCCCGCUCUGCUGAUAACAAUCCGCUGUUUCGAAUACCUCUUUCUCAUCAACCACGCCGUCAAUCCUUUCGUUUAUAGUUUGGUCAACAAGCGAUUCAGAGGGCUUUGCGUGGAUUAUAUCAAGAAACUUCGAAGGAAAUUCACUAAUAACAGUGGCUGAGAAGAGUUGAAGCACUACUGGAAACCUACCUUUUUUUUACGUAUGAUGAACCUUUGGGUUUGCUACCCCCCCCCCCCCUUGGCAUACAUCUUGUUCGUUUGUUUGUUUUUACAAAUGCGUUCAAAUUAAUACAAUAUUUAACAUCGAAUUUAUUUCCAAAUACAACAUAUGAAAAUAAUCCAUGAUACAAAAAAUAUCGUUAUAAUACAUAAUGAAUCCAAAAGAACGAUGGGAGCAUAAAUUUCACUUUUUAAUAACAAAAUUAAUAAUAAUUAAUGAACGCAGGAGACCGCCAUCGUGAGCGGUUGGGCUCUAAAGUGAUGGCGGCCUCAAAUCAUCUGCCUUUGUAAAGAGCUAGGUAUAUUGUCAUGAAAUUACCGAAAUCGUGUUAUGUGGUAGUCAGAUGUAAUAGUAGGCUGAGCAUUAUAAUUGGGGAGUCCGUGUCUGUAUUUCAUGUAUCAAACCGACCUUUCAGACGGUAAAAAUAAUCGUAAUUAGAAUGAUGAUUCCCGUGAGAAAUAUAUGGCUAAUGACGAUUCUUUUAGCACGUUUGAAACCAAAUUAGAAUCACGAACGAUAAUCACAAUUCUACUCGAGGGU